GAUAGCCGAUCAGUCAGAACGGCUGGGCAGCACAUGAAAACUUCUAUACCUAAAUUUCAAAUCUGAAAACUUCAACACCUGAAAAUGAGGUUGAGUCUGGUGUUCUCUUCUCUGCUCUGUGUAGCCACAUGGAUGACCGGGGUCGAUGCAAGCGUUGGACCAGUCAACUCUUGCUGUCUUAAGCUGACUCAGAAAAGAAUCUCUCCUAAGAAAGUAGUGGACUACACCGUACAGACAACAGCACUGUGUCCCAUCAAAGUCAUAGAGUUACACACCAUAGAAAGGAAGACGAUCUGUGGUGACCCAGGAAGUGAUUGGGUCAGGAAGGCCAUGGGAAAGGUGGACGAAACCAAGGCAAUCAAGAGAGAGGAGGAGGAGGGAAAGGAGGGCAAGACAGUGACCGUGGCACCGGCAGUGCCACGUAAGCAGGGAAAGGGACAAAAGAAGGGAGCCAAAAAGGGAAAGGGGAAAGGAGGGAAGAGGGGAGGAAAGAGAGAGAGAAGAGGGCGCAAGAGAACUGGUGUAACAAACCAAUUCAGUAACUGAGCACAAUUGAUGUUAAGUCUAAAUCGUGGACUUCUGCCUCUAGGAGAGCAAGAAAAUAAACAUAUGUAAAAGCAGUACAACGGCACGGACAUCUGCCUAUGUUGGCAUGUUGUAAAUAAAUAAACAUUUCAAUCAGGA